AUGGGCAAUCCGAAGCAGAAGUGGACGUCGGAGGAGGAGGAGGCCCUCCGCGCCGGUGUGGCCAAGCACGGCGCCGGAAAGUGGAAGAACAUCCAGAAAGAUCCCGAGUUCAACCACCUGCUGUUUGCUCGCUCCAACAUUGAUCUCAAAGAUAAGUGGCGUAAUUUGAGUGUGGCAAGUGGCCUAGUUCAGAAAGAUAAAUCAAAAGCACUGAAGGCAAAGAGUGAUGUUCCUGCUACUCCUCUGCCCGUGGUUCAGACCUCUGCUACCCUCACUCCAUCGUCACAAGAUGCUUCAGUCGACAUGGUUAUGUUAGAUUCUUCUAGGCCCGCACCUGAGGGAAACAAUGCUGCCAAGUACAAUGAGAUGAUAUAUGAGGCCUUAUCUACUCCUCUAGAGCCAAAUGGAUCAGAUUGUAGCACAAUUGCUUCAUAUAUUGAGCGAAGGAUGUUGGUGCCCGCAAACUUCAGAAGGUUGUUGAGUUCUAGAUUAAGGCGACUUGUGCAACAAGACAAACUUGAAAAGGUUCAAAACUGCUACAAGAUUAAAACAGAUGCUCUGCCAUCAGACAACAGAAAUCUCGCCGGCAGACCGAACUAUGUGGUGGGGCCCACGCUCGUUCACAGCACCGGCCAUUCGGGAGAAAGUAUUGACGAGGCUUCGGUUAGUGCCGCUUACAGAAUUGCAGACGCCGAAAACAAAUCGUUUGUGGCUGCCGAAGCCGUUAAGGAGGCCGAGAGGGUUUCUAACAUGGCUGAAGAAAUGGAAUGCCUACUCCAGUUUGCUUCAUAUUGUUUUGAUCAAAGUGCUCAUGGGGAUAUUAUCCUAAUGGCUUAG